GAGCCCGCACACGCACGCACACAAAGGACAUUGCAACAAGCCUAGGAUGGGACCGGGCAUCCGGGAUUAUCCGCCCUUGCUGCCCCGAAGAAGCUCGCACCAGGAAGCUCUUGCCCAUGAAGUCCACAAAGGGCAAGGAAUGGUAACUUCCAUUGGUGGAAAGAGCCAUUCAAACACCAAAGAGCUGCAAAAACCUCCGCCCCACGUGAGACCAUCCCCUAGCAAGUUAAACAAAAAUGUUUCUACUGCCACCGAAAAGAUUCCCGGUCAUGUUGCGGGCAACAGUCAGGGAACUGUUCGCCAUAAAGAACGGAACCAACUCUGGGAGAGUCACCAGCAAAACAGAGCCACAAAUGUUUGCACUUCCUCACAGAAAGCACCAAGGGCAUCGCAGGGACCUGUGGUGAAAAAGCAUUAUGAAGCCGGAUACCGCAAGGUCCCUUCUGCAUUGAAGGACGCCGCUUGGAAUGACUCCAGUAGGGCAGAAGAAGUGCUGAUUCAGAGUUUUUAUUACAAAAAACCUGCCAAAUCAGAAAGGAACUCUGGAAGGCAUAUGGACGAAGCGGACCCCUGCAGCUCCAUGCAUCAGGGCGCUUCUGCUGAGGCCAUGUUUCUCGACUUCGCAUCUGUUCGAAUGAUGAAGGAGGAUUCCAAUGAGGACAGCGCCAGCGACCUUUCAGACUCAGAGAGAAUACCCAUUCCCCCUUCCCCUUGCACGCCGCCGGAGCUCAACCUCCGGGCCGAGGAAAUCGACCCCCUUUGUUUCGAACACCUCACUGAGGCCAAGUGCAAGCAGUCCGAUUACUGCUACCCCGACUUCCUCCCGCCCCCGUUCAACACCUGGGACUUGAAAGGGCUGGCGUCCUUCGUGAACACCGAGUGCAAGUCAGAAGUGCGGCCCCAGCCGACGGGCAGUCUCGAGAAGUACAUCGAUCGGCUUCUGGAGCUGGAAUGGCUGCAGAUGGAAACGAUACAAGCCGAGAAAGGGAAGGCAGCCAAGGCCCGGCCUCAGACUGCGCCCAGCGCCCUUCGGACCUUGAAAAGCCCCGGGAAAAGUAAAUCGUUGCACACUCUCCUGCCAAGCAAAACUUUGACUGCGCCUGAAAGCUUCUCGAGGCUCCCGAGCUACCAGACCAGUCACAGAAGAGAUCUGCACAGUGAAGGAGCCGGCCAGGUGGCUUCAUGUCAAGGGCAUUCGAGACCAACCUGUGGUCCCUCAGCCCAUCAAAGACAGUCCUCUGAGGGGAAAAGUGGUGAGGCGAAAAAGCGGCCUGGCGCCGCCAAGGUGCAGCUUUUCAAUAAGCCUCCCUCAGAGGGCAGCUCAAUGAUCCAAGGAGCUGGCAACAUUAGGCCCCCUAAACAAUCCUCCUCCCUCCAUGGUUCAGCGGUCCCCCUCAAGGGCCUACUGGCCUACACAUGCCCAAAUCCCAAGAAGAAUGGAAACACCAACAGUUAUGUCCCUUCCAAAAAAGUUCAAGCGGAGAAGAAGCUAAAAGCCAAUGGCGUGAAGCCAAUGCCGUGUAAAUUUAAAUAA